UUUCAGUGGGUUGUCUUUUGUUUCGUGAUUCGCGCGGGUGCAUAUUGGCCUUGCCGCGGCCACGAUUUAUUGGUUUCGCGUUAAGUGUUAAGUCUACAGCCUUCUGGAAAAUCUGAGGUUUGAUUUAUUCUGUGCGAUACCUUUAUAGUGUGUGUCAUUGUGUGUGUAGGAUAUAGAAUCUGACAACUGAGGGUGGUUUUGAUAAGUUGCCAAUAAUGGUUGGUCAAACAGAUCCCUUUGGCAAUCGUGCUAAGCAUGCACAGCAAAGCCCUUUUCAAAACCAAAAUGUGCGAUCUGAUCAAUUUGGAUCGAAUGUUUCUAGGCCUGAUGUUCCAUUAGGUCAGCCUCCUAUGACGGCUCCUCCAGCCGCUGGUCAAGUUCAGGGCCCUCCUCUUGCCGUUCCUCCUCCCAUGUCGAGUGGUUUGGGUGAGCCUCGUAAUGAUAUUGCGUCUGAUAACGUCAUCAAGGGUAGUUUACCAGGUCAAGUUUUCCAUGACAAUUUGACGUUCAACCAUGUUGGCCCUACCACUGCAUCCAGUGGUUUCACUGAGAACAUCACGGAGAGCUUGGAGAACAUGAAAUCGAUGAACGCACCAUCGCAAUUCAUUCGUAGUACUGUCGGUGUGUUGCCCUCUAGUGUUAAAUUGCAGCAAAAAACAAACAUUCCUCUUGCUGUUGUUUUAAGGCCUAUGGCACCACUGUCGGAUUCUGACCCUGAGAUCCCUUUUGUAAACACUAAUUCGGAGACUAUUUCACGCUGCAAGCGUUGCAGGACAUAUAUCAACCCCUUUAUAACACUUGAUGGAUCUCGUCGUUAUUGGACAUGUAACAUUUGUGGUGUCUCCAAUGAGUUGCCAAACCGUUAUUCUGAUAUUCCAUCCAUUGGAAUGGAUGAUUCUGUGCCAGUUGAGUUGCGCAAGGGUCUCAUCGAGUACAUGGCUUCUGCCGAUUAUAUGGCACGUUCUCCUCAGGCUCCUACUAUUAUGUUUGUCAUUGACGUUUCGGUAUCUGCUGUAAAUAGCGGUAUGUUGGAAGUUGUUUGUCAGACUAUUUCGGAUCUUAUAAAGACGCGUGAGCUUCCUGGUGGUCCUCGUACUUUGGUUGGAAUUAUGACCUUUGACACUUCAGUUCAUAUUUACCAGAUGAACAGUGGCGGCUCUUCCCCCAAUAUUUUGAUGUUAUCUGACCUCAAUGAUUUAUUCCUUCCAUUACCUAAUGGCAUUUUAUUGAAUCUAUAUGAAUCUGAGUCCGAGAUAUUGGAUCUCUUAUCGUUGCUACCAUCCACCUGGAGGAACACAAAUGUUGCUGGAAGCUGCAUGGGUAGUGCGAUGCGUGUUGCUCACUUUGCUAUGCAGAAGAUUGGUGGUAAGAUGUGUAUUUUCAUGGCAACCCCAAGUUAUUUCGGUGACUUUUCUCUUAAUGCUGAUGCAUUGAGCCAGAAGAGUAGUGGCGGUUCGAACUUGCAUCCUGUGGAGAAAUGCAAGGAUUUCACUACCGUACUAGGCAAAGACAAUGUGUCUGUUGAGUUAUUUGUCUGCACUCCGCAGAGUGUUAAUCUAAAGCAGUUAUACCACCUAGCUUCUUUGACUGCCGCCAAUGUUCAUCACAUUCCUUUGCGCACUCAUGUGGGUAAUGCUAAGCUCAGUGACGAACUCACUCGUGUGUUAACUCGUGAGACGGGUUGGGAGUCCGUGAUGCGUGUUAGGGCUAGCAAGGGCUGGAAGAUAACUAAUUGGUAUGGUCACUGUCACGUCCGUGGUUCAGACCUUAUGGUCCUUGCUAACUGCCACGCUGACCAAACGUACACGGUGACAUUUGAGCAUGAGGAGAAUGUGGUAACUGACAAGAUUGCAUAUAUUCAGAGUGCUUUACUACACACUACUUCCAAUGGUGAACGUCGCAUUCGUGUUUGCACCUAUGCUAUCCCUAUUAGCGACAAUGUUAGCCAAGUUCUUUGUUCCGUUGACCCUGAGGCCGUUGUAUUAACCGUUGCUCAUUUGGGGAUUAAUAGCGUUUUGGGAGGCAAGCUCAGUGAUGCCAGGGCUCAGGUGCAAACUCACUGUAGCAGGAUUGCCAAUGCAUUAUCCAGCCUGAACGCUAUGCAAUCAGCUCUCAGCCAGAUAGUAGUUUACACUUUGGGUCUCCUAAAGUCACCGUGCUUCAGCGAGGGCAACGUACCAGAUGAUACACGCGUGUACCACUGUAUGCGUUUGAUGUCACUUCCCCUGGACCAUUUGGCAGUAUAUUGUUACCCUCGGCUAAUGUGCAUAAGUGAUUUGGGUAGCGACUACAACGACAAGGGUUUGGGUACUCUGCCACCAUCGCUGAAAUUAACUCACUCCACACUCAGCCAGGAUUCUGCAUAUUUGAUCGAGAAUGGUGAAUGUAUGAUUCUGUGGGUUGGUAAGGGUGUAUCGUCUCAGUGGCUGCAGUCAGUUUUUGAUGUACCUUCAGUGGAUGCGCUAAACUGUGACCUCGCUGAAUCAUUCAUGGCCAGCUGCAGGAGUCCCGCUGCUAUUCGUUUGUCAGCUCUUAUUCGCAAUUUGCGUCAUAUGUAUCUUCCUUAUAUGCAUCUCUACGUGUCGAAGCAGGGCGAUGAUUCUGAGAUGAAGUUUUUUGCUUGGUUGAUUGAGGACAAGACCCCUGGUAUGAUGCUGACACUCGCUGAGUUUACGAAUGCGAUUUCGUUGCGUUCUCCAUUGAAUUUCACCUUGCCAUCUUAAUCGGUUACUGUGACACUAUGCUAAUGUUUAUACUG